CACACUGAGACCGACCCGAGGACAACGUCGCUGGAGAAGAUCAUCAAUUGCAGCGCAGGAGAGGAGUGGCCGUUGGUGACGAAGUGAUCUCAUCCAAUUCUGAGCAGGAGCGGCCAGAACCGGAACCAUGACUAUGGACACCACCGCCCUGCCAUCGGAGCUGCUCGUGACCCCACAGCCGCUGGUUGGCUUUUGCGGGCUGGACACGGCGCGGGUGGCGGUGCACAAGGCCGUUUGGGAGGCGUUUAGUGGCAGUCUGCAGCGCAAGGCCGCCGACCGAGCAGCCGUCCAGUACAAACUGUUGCCCCCCAACUACGAGUUCCCGGUGGCCAAACCCAAGCGGGCCUCCUACGAGUGGUACCACCCAAAGGGCAUACUGAAGCGCAACUGGAUGCUCAAGCACCUGCACGUCGUGCCCUCGGUGGUGGUGCUGUUCCAGGACAUGGAGUGGAACGACCUCCAGUGGACAGAGAAGCAGGUGCAGUGUGCGGCCAUUGUGCAGGCUCUAAAAAACGCACUGCAGGAGCGGAAUACCCGGCUUUGCCUGGUUCUCUUACAGAAGGCCGCCCCAUUGCCACCCGGCGAAGACCUCCUGGCCGCGGAGCGAGCUGCCAGUUUAACCAACGCUUGCGGAAUAACCAGCAAGAUGCUGUUCAUCCUCCCCCACACGGAACACCUCUCGGGCUACGCUCUUCGACUGGAGUCCGCCUUCCUGGACAUGGCCCAGUCCUACUACGCCCUCAUGUCCAAGCGGAUACGCAACCAUCGAGAUCAACUAACGGCAGCGCACACCUCGCUAAAAAUUCGUCAUCAGUUUAAACUGGGAUUCGUGGCGGAGAUGCGUCAGGACUUUAGCACAGGUCAAAAGCACUAUUUCCAGGCUUAUGCCAAUCUAGACGAGAUUCGAAUAAAUGACGGCAAUUGUUUGGAGAUUAAAACUCUGGCCGGGUUUUUGAACUACAAAAUUUGUCGUCUUAUGUUUAAGCUGAAGACUCCAAGGGAUGCCAUCAACCAGUUCAUCAUCCAUGUGGAAAAGUACAAGUCUCGAGUGGGUUUCAAGGAUCUGGCCUUUGAGCACCAUGCCUGGCUAAGCACGCAACAUUCUGUAUUCGCCGAGCUGUUUUGCGAGGCUAUUAAGAACGGACUGCCAGCCCUGCAAACCCAGCAUCCCGGGAUCUAUUACCACAAGGCAGCUGAGUAUGUGAUGAAGCGACGUGAUUCAGCCCAGGAGGCCUACGCUGCACUGCAAUCCUCCGCAGAGGCCACAUCCCUGACGACUCAGAACCCCUUGUCGUUGUACACGGAAUUCUUUGGCAUCCGGGCGGUCAAGACGGGCGAUCUGGUGGCCGAGCAGCAGGCCAAUUUGCAGCUCUGUGAUCAGGAACUGGGCUAUAACCAUUCGGCGGGGAUCAUAGCACUCCUCAGCCAGGCCAUGGCUCAGUUCAAAAUCUACAAGUGCCUCAGGUUUCGCAAGAAACUAGCUAUCGAUAUGGCCGAGGAGUACCUGAAGAGUGGAGAUCAUGCCAAGGCCUUAACUUUGUACUCCCUAAUGCUGCCUGAUUAUCGCCAGGAGAAAUGGUCAACGAUAUUCACCGAUGUUUUGCUAAAGACUCUGCGUUGUGCUUUGCUCUCGGGAUCCGUGGCCGACUACAUUGCCUGCAGCGUUGAGGCUCUGUCCCUGCGCCAUCAUGGCGAGCAGGCGGAGCGGAUACUGUUGCUGGAGAACCUGUGGCAGGUGUUUCAGGGUGUGCCACCCAUGGGAAAAACUCAGUUAACGCCUGAGGCCGAAUCGAUGUGGACAAGUGCGCUGGCCAGCGUGAAAUCGCCCAUUCCAAUUGAUUUAGAUAAGGUCAGUGAUGUGGUGGAAAUGUGUGCCACAUUCGAGCGAGUUCAGCUGAACAAUGACGACUUGCUGCAGCUGCAACUGAUAGUGCGUGUGCUCACGGAUGUACCAUUGAGAGUGCGCAGCUUUCAUGUCAUUUUAGCCGAUGCCUCAAAUCCACAAAACAGCUACAAACUGGAGGCACUUAAGUAUUUCUGCUUUCCUAGCCUUACGCAAUUGCGUGGCCAAAAGCAGCCGCAGGAGGAGCAGCAGGAGAGGCUGGCCCAAGACCCCAAACACUUCGAGAAGAACAUGAGAUUGGAACCCGGCUCCUACUACCAGCUGUUCUGCAGCACCGAAGCUCAGCAGUUUCACGAGAACACCCAGCUGCGCAUCGUCCGUCUGGAGGCCCACAUGGGCACUGACCAGGUGGCGGCUCUACUGACGUGCAGCUCCAACUACUCACGCCAGCUGUUUCGACACCACACGCGCAGCCGCGAUCUCGAUGACAACGUGACGAUUAAUCCCAUUUGCUAUAUUGCGCCCACGUUUCAUCUGGACACGCAAACGAACCUUGGCCAUGGACAUGAGAACGGAUCGAACGAGGAACUGGCUGUGGUGUCUACAAGAAUGCUGGUUAACGAGUACUAUCCAGUUGUGACCACUGUCAGCAAUCCGUAUAACGUUUAUCUGCAGAAUGUGGGCGUACACAUCAGUGUUCCAGUGGGUCUAAGGAAUAGUGUAUUCCUCACAACGGACAUCUCCCCGGGCCGCCAGAAGCUGCACGCCCAAAUCCAAAUCGAUGUGGGCGAGCUGUCCGCCCACGGGAGCAACACGGCCACCUUCUACAUUUUCAGCCUGGCAGAGGCGGAGAUCAAGCUGCAGCAAAGAUUGAGCUACACUUUGGAUGUCGACCGGGGGUCAGGAGGAGUUGGCACCAAUGCCCGGGUCAGCACCGCCCCAAAUAGCUCGGAAUCCACUCCAGAUCACGAGGUAAAGGGUGUGGUCCAGAGCCUGGCUGCGAUUUCCCCGGUUCAGAUCGAGUACAUUGACGAGACGAGGUUGCGAAAGUCUCGGGAGGAUACGCUCACAGUGCGUUGCUAUGGGGACUUCAAGUUCACCGCCCGUUUCUACACGCUGGACAGAAAGCCCCUCAACCAGGUGUAUCGCGGGGAGAACUUCCUCCUGAGGGCAAACACGGAAAUAGUGGCUGUGGAUGAUGUGGAUAUACUGGACAGCUUCUUUAUAUGUGAUCACAAUCUAGUGCAAUCGAACUACAGCUUUAAGCGGAAGAAAUACACCAACAAGUACAGUGCCGGUGAAAAGUUGGAAAGCGUGAUAGUUCUCCGGACGAAUGACACCCUGCGGGACUGGACAACUGCCCGGGAUCUGGAUCACCGUGGCAAGCUGGAGGGCAAGGCGGUGGCCAGUAAGUUCAUCCGGCCCGCAGUUAAACUCUCCAGCGAGGAGCCACUUGCUCCGACGCCGCCCGCUGGAAUUAGUGCCUACAUGAGCAAGAGUCUGGUGACCAAAAUACCCACGACCAUGACCAUCAUAAACAGCAAUUCGGCGGUUUCCAAUGCCCUGCAGGUGGCCAAUGCAGGUGUGAUGAGCAGUUCCCUGCAGUCGGAUGAUGUCAAUGUGGCCGAGGAAGCCUUGAGUACCCAAGAGGGCCUGAAAACCACGCGACUUGUAUACAACAAAGCUCUGGAAGCUGUCCAGGGCACGGGUCAUUGUCGCGGCUUCAUUAAGGGCAUCUACACGCUAGAGGGGCUUCAAUCCGCCCUGCCCAUUUUCGGAGUAUUCUGCAUUCGCUGGCGGCGCGCAAAUGGCAAGGAGGAGAACGAGUCCAAGUUUGUGAUCAGUGGAUUGGACAUUGCAGAGCCACCGCUGAAUAUCUACUGCACCAUCGAGGAGAAGAUGUUUGUGAAGAUGCCCAUGGCCUUUAAGGUGGUGCUAAAAAACCCCACAACGCAUGUGCUCCACCUGAUAGCCAACUUAAGUAUCAGCAAGACGGAUAACUUUAUAUGCUCCGGUCACAAACAGCUGGACAUCUCGAUAAUGGCCUACGAGGAAAAGGAACUGGUCUACAACCUGUAUCCCCUACAAGUGGGCUGGCAGGAAUUACCAGUGCUGAGCCUGGAGUACAACACCAAGGCGGAUCCGCAGAAGAACGACAGCCAGAAUGCCUUGCUCGAUGAACUGGUGCAGCGUGCACUGCCCAAACGAGUCUUUGUGCUGCCACCUCUGAAGCAACAGAACAAGUAAGAAGGAUGAUCCAGCGAUGAUGCCGAUAUAGUUUAAGUGUUUUAAAGUUUACAAUUGUCACUGGUGUGUAAAAAUUAACUACGCCAACUCCCUCUUUAUUGCUAACAACAAACAUACAUUACAUAAAUAGCUAUAUUUAGAGAGUUACAUAGCAUAAUACUUGAGAGUGUGUGAUUGUAUUGUAUAAUGUAUUGUUAAACGGGCCAAGACACACUUGACACUCUUGUUAGUUGAUUACGGCAUUUCAGAUAAGCUGUGCUAAGUCCUGGUCAGUACCGCAAGCUGAACAUAUUUUCGUACAUCCUAAGAACGUACAGUAAUAAAUUUAAAGCAUACAAAUAUCGUUGAAAAA